GCCUGAGCUGCCCGGGCCCCUCGGCUCUCCCCCGCCGGGCACCCAGCGCGCAGGCCGGGACGCGUCGGCCCUCGGCGCAGCGCAGAGGAUUCCUGGACACCCCGCGUCCCCGAGCAGGCGUCCCCGGCCCCCCGGCCUCUCCCGGGGCGAGGCAGAGACCCCCUCCCGGCUGGGUGGGCAGGCAUGGUAGGGGCCUCCCCCGGAGUCCGGGUAGGGACCGGGCUGGCGGCGGUGCAGUAGCGCCGGGGCUCGCUGCUGCGCCAUCAGCUGCUGGCGGGGGGCGCGGGGUCCUUUGCCUGGGGGCGUCUCGGGCCCAGUCCUGCAGCCCCCCCAGCUCCCAGCCGGGCUGCACCCCCCGGGCCAGGGCUGGAGAGCCCCGGGCCCCCGCGUCCAUUUCACCGCCUGCGCCGGGGUCCUGCACCCCGGGGCGGCGCGUGGUGUUUCCGCGGGGGGCCCGGGAAUGAGCCGGAGCUGAUACCGCCCCCCCUCCCCCUGGAAGGGGCUGGGUUGGAUCCGGGGCGGGAUGAGCCUGCGGCGGAGCCAGGCGGAAAGGGGCAGAGAAGUGACUGAUUCGUAGCCGAUCCCGCUGCUGUGUGGCUGGUUUUAAAACACCGGAGCGGGGGGGACCACAACAGAGCGAGCGCCCUCCCCGGCACGGCAUGGAGACGCGGCCGGAGGCGCGGGCGGCCGAGGCGAUGCGGCACCGAGCCCAAGCUAAAGCAGCAACCCCUCCAGGGCAGAGCGUCCCCCCCAAGAGUGACCAGCCAGCUCCUGCUGCAGGCCCCUUCCCGUCUACAGGAGAAACACUGCCCCCCAGGAGUGACUGGCCUGCCCCUUCCGCAGCGACCCCUAUGGGAGAGUGCAACCCACACCAGAGCGACCAGCCCUCCCCCCCUGCCACACCCACCCCUGUUGCAGUGACCCCUCUGGGAGAAGCCCCGCCCCCCCAGGGAGACCAGACAGCCCCUGCCGCUGCCCCCCCUCCUCCAGGAGAAGCUCAGCCCCCCCAGCGAGGCCAGCCAGCCCCUGUUGCUGCCCCCCCACCUCCAGGAGAAGUCUUGCUACCCUGGGGAGACCAGCCAGCCCCUGCCCCCGCACCUCUAGGAGAAGCCUUGCCCCUCCAGCGAGACCAGUCAGCCCCUGCCGCUGCCCCCCCAUCUCCAGGAGAAGCUCUGCCCCCCCGGCAAGACCAGCCAGCCCCUGCUGCUGCCCCCCGACCUCCAGGAGAAGCCCUGCCCCCGCAGCGAGGCCAGCCAGCUCCUGCUGCUGCCCCCGGACCUCCAGGAGAAGCUCUGCCCCCCCAGCGAGACCAGCCAGCUCCUGCCGCUGCCCCCCCAUCUCCAGGAGAAGUCUUGCCCCCCCAGCGAGACCAGCCAGCCCCUGCCGCUGCCCCCCCAUCUCCAGGAGAAGCCUUGCCCCCCCAGCGAGACCAGCCAGCCCCUGCCGCUGCCCCCCCAUCUCCAGGAGAAGCCUUGCCCCCCCAGCGAGACCAGCCAGCCCCUGCCCCCCCAUCUCCAGGAGAAGCCUUGCCCCCCCAGCGAGACCAGCCAGCCCCAGUAGUUGCUCCAGCCCCUGUGGAAGAGACCCCUAUAGGAGCAAAGAGCCCUUCAGGAAAUGCCCGGCUUUCCCCAGCUGCAGCCGCCCCCACGGGAGAAAUGCUACCCCCCAGGAGCGAUGGGCCGUCCCCUGUCACCGCUGCUUCUCAGCCAUCUGCCGCAGUGGCCACCAGCCCCAGACCCAAGCAAGGUGCCCAGAAAGCUGAAGCAAGGCAGAGGCAGGCGAAGGAGCGGAGGGAAGAGCGGGCCAAGUACCUGGCCACCAAGCGAGCGCUGUGGCUGGAGAAGGAGGAGAAGGCCAAGGUGCUGCGGGAGAGGCAGCUGGAGGAGCGCAGGAAACGGCUGGAGGAGCAGAGGCUGAAGGCAGAGAAGCGUCGGGCCAUCCUGGAGGAGCGCCAGAGGCAGAAGCUGGAGAAGAACAAGGAGCGCUACGAAGCCGCCAUCCAGAGGUCAGCCAAGAAGACCUGGGCCGAGAUCCGGCAGCAGAGGUGGUCAUGGGCUGGCGCGCUGCACCAGAGCUCCUCCCGGCACAAGGAUGGUGUGAGCCGGUGCUCAGUGUCCGCUGUUAACCUCCCCAAACACGUGGACUCUAUAAUCAACAAGCGGCUCUCCAAAUCCUCCGCCACUCUCUGGAACUCUCCCAGUAGAAAACGGAGCUUGCAGCUGAGCCCCUGGGAGAGCAGCAUCGUGGACCGGCUCAUGACGCCCACCCUCUCCUUCCUGGCCCGCAGCAGAAGCGCUGUGAUGCUGGCCGGCACUGGCAAGGAGCAGGCGGUGCCGGUGUGCCCCCGCUCCGCCUCCACCAGCCCCCUCAGCCCCUGCAACAACCACCGCGUGCAGCGCCGCUGCUGGGAGUGCCGCAGGGUGGUAGCCAGCAGCCCGGACGUGACGCCGCGUCGGAGAGCCGAGUCCUCGCCCAAGAAGAAGGAGAAGAAGGACAAGGAGCGGGAGAACGCCAAGGAGCGGAGCGCCCUGUCGCGUGAGCGGGGCCUCAAGAAGCACCAGCCCCUGCCCAGCAGCCAGCCCAGACUCCCCCGGCCCGCCGUGGACAGCAGCCCGGGGCCAAAGAACCGGCCCUCAUCGCCUGCCACCCCCAGCCACCGGCCGGCAUCCCCCAGCCCAGGCCUUGGCUCUCCCCACAAGCCACCACUGCCCCGCAGCACCCACUCCUCCCGCAAGGGGCGGCCCAGGGCCAAGGAGGAGCACAAGGAGCGUGAGAGCCAGCUGAAGGCGCGCGAGAGGAAGGAGGAGGAAGAGGAGAGGGGAGCAGCCUCCCCGGCCCCGCCUGACACCCCCAAGACUCCUGGGCCCGCUGAGCAGCCCCCAGGUGCUGCUGCCCCCUCUGGCACCCCCAUCCCCACGCAAGCUCCUGCCACGCCUCCGGGCAAACCCAUGGCGGGCACCACAGACCGGGAAGAGGCAGCCCGGCUCCUGACAGAGAAACGCCGGCAAGCCCGCGAGCAGCGUGAGCGUGAGGAGCAGGAGCGCCGGGAGCAGGAGGAGCGGGAGAGGCGCCAGAGGGAGGAGCAGGCGCGGCGGGAGGCCGAGGAGCAGGCGCGGCGGGAGGCCGAUGCCCGCCAGCGGGAGGAGGAGCAGAGGCGGCAGCAGGAGGAGCGGCGCCGCCAGGAGGAGUGCCAGGCCGAGGAGCGGGCCCGAGCCGAGCAGGAGGAGAUGGAGCGGCUGCAGAAGCAGAGAGAGGAGGUGGAGGCGCGGGCCCGUGAGGAGGCCGAGAGGCAGCGGCUGGAACGGGAGAAGCAUUUCCAGAGGGAGGAGCAGGAGCGGCUGGAAAGGAAGAAGCGGCUGGAAGAGAUCAUGAAGAGGACGCGCAAGUCAGACACGGCCGAUGCCAAGAAGAAGGAAGAGAAGAAAAUGGUGAAUGGGAAAGAAGCCAAAGGGGAGGCUGACACCAGCCCAGGCUGUGGGAAGCGAGCAGGGCCACUGGCGAAGGAAGAGGAGCUCCCUGAGUCAGAGACACCCAGCACAGAGAGCCAGGGUGUGCGGACGGGCCCAGUCCCUGAGGGGCCGCAGCAAAGCCCCGCCAGCAAGGACGCGGCGCCCCUGGUGAACGGUGUGCAGCCUGGCAAGCACGAGAACGGCUUUCCCGGCAAGGAGGUGGGCCAGGGCGUGCUGGAGCUCUCUCCGCACAGCGGCAGCGUCGACCCCAUCAUCCCCUUCGGGGACAAGGAGCCCUUCCUCAAGGCAGCCGUCGUCAAGCCCCCCCAGAUCACAGAAGUGCUGUGAGGGGCAGAUGCGUCUCCCUGGGCAGAGCGCCCCUUGGUGGCCUGAGCCAUGGCUGCUUCGGUGCGGGGGCAAGGAGAAGUGCCAAUUCCAGACUUUCUCACAGAACUAUAGCUGUUACCAGACGAAAAACCACGUCACUCCCACCUACUGCCCCACGAAGAGGAUGAACCGGGCAGGGCAGGGGGCCAGGACGUGCCCCCCUCCCGCCAGCCCCAGGGACUCUUGAUUUCUCUCUUUGUUCGUUUUUACCAUGCACCUUAUCAGACUGACACCCCCGCCCCUCCUAGCGGUUCCCACCAUGCCGCCCCCCCCCCCGACGUGUGGUGUAAUAAUGUAGUUAUUUAACUUGCUGGGGACAGUGUAUGUGAAUAAUGUAAAUAAAGCUCCGUGUGACAUCAGGGAUGAGCGCCAGGCCCAGCUCUCUCUGUGCAGAAGGCAGGGCCCAUCCCGCAAGCUUGGAGGGCGCAGGAGGCUGGCACUGGCCAGCUGUGUUCAGGGGUCUAGGGUUCAAGCUCAUUUAACCUCCCGUAGCCGGGCCCAGCCAGCUGCUUGGUGCCACUCUGACCACUACCCCCGUACGAUGUGCUAUUCUCCUGAGCCGCCACGGGCGCGGGUGUCGGUGCUGUGUGUGUGGGAGGGGGCCGCCGGGGCCGCGCCUGCCUUGCUUGGUGCCAUUGUGACAGUGUUAUGCAUCUGAACAAUAAAACGGAAGAGCCGCCCCGCC